AUGCAAAUCCCUCAGCUUCUUCAGAGCCUCAGAGAAACAGCUGAGGCUUUAGAAUACGGCACGGAUAUUGGUUCAAAAGCCGUGGUACAUUUCCACACGAACGAUAUCGUGAAGAUCGCACCACCACGCGCAACGAACCGCAGAUUCUCUCCCGAUGGAACAUACAUCUUCGGGGAUCUGACAGCCAAAGGCGUCAACAUCAAAGCUCCUCCCUGCGAUGUUUACGAUGAGAAAAUACUAAAGGAUGUUUUGAAAGAGGCAAGCCAAACCAUGCCGCCAGUGAAGGGCGUACUCCAAGCAACCAUGGUCCUCCGAGAAGGCAUUAUCAGCAACCUCAACGCCGAAGACUGGCACGCUGCGCUCGCACCAAAACGCCCAGGAUACAUGGAACCUACACAACAACCUUCUCAAGGACUUGGACUUCUUCGUCUGCCUCAGUUACGUCGCGGGUGUCUUGGGUGCUUGAUCGUUGGCGUUGGAUGGGCCACCGAGACGGACAAGACGAACAUGUUGGUGCGUGAGGGGUACUUUGGCAUGCCGAAGAAUGGGUUCAUGAAUACCCUGGGCUAUUGCUGCGAUCUGGGCAACCAGGUCACCUCGCCGCAGCAGACGCAGCUCGUAUCUGGGCUGGGAAACAUGAAGAACUACAAGCCGUCUACUGAGAGCGAGAUCUACUGGGCGUGGAACACCAUCUGCGCCGUGCUGAGGCAGAUGAACGCUGCAACGACGUCGGAAGACGAUGAAGGAUCGAAUGAAGUGCGUGCAAUAGAAUUACUUGCUGCCGCGGAAACCCAUGACAAAGCCAUAGAGGUUUUAUUGCAAGCACUGAUUGGGAAGUUGUCGAAGCUGUUCAAUAUCCCGGCAAUCGAUAUUGAUCCUACCAUGCCUAUCUUUUCUAUCGGCAUUGAGUCACUGGUGGCUUUUGAGAUCCGGCACUGGUUGAUGAAGGAGCUUGAGGCUGAUCUAGCGGUUGCGGAGAGUAUGGAAGACCAGACGCUGAUUAAUCUUGCCAAUACUACGGCACAGAAGAGCAAGUGUACAUCUAAAGCGUAG